AUGGUUUUCGGACACAGCAAGAAGACCAGCGUCGCAGUCCUCGACUCGCCCGCGACAUCGACCACCUCCGAACCCUCAUCGACCACCCACUCGGCGGACAAUUCGGCGAAGACGAGCAUGGACAGCAAUGGCACGCCUAUCAAGGCGAAAGAAGAGCUGGCCCAGGCCGCUGCGGUGGAUGGCCAGACACCGUCGGAUACCAGCAAGCUGAAGACCUUCCUCGGUAUCUUGAGGCGGUUUGUCGGCGUGACAGACAUGGCAGCAGUGCGCUUCAGCUUGCCAGCGCAACUCAUGGAGCCCAUACCCAAUCUCGAGUACUGGCACUACCUCGAUAGGCCGGAGACCUUUGCUGCGAUCGGAGAUGCUGAGGAUCCGCUAGAGAGAAUGCUCGGGUGCUUGAGGUUCUGGUUCACGAAAGAUCUCAAGUAUGUCAAGGGCAAGCCGUGCAAGCCAUACAACAGCUCGCUGGGCGAGUUCUUCCGCUGCACAUGGGAGGUGGAAGAUCAGAAGGGGCAGGACAACAAGCCGCUGAAGGUCAACUACAUCACCGAGCAGACGAGCCAUCAUCCGCCCGUAUCUGCGUUUGCGUACGAUUGUCCGGAGAAGGGCGUUGAGGCGAUGGGCUAUGAUCAGCUUAGUGCGAAGUUCACAGGUACCAGCAUCAAGGUCACUCCAGGACAGUACAACCAGGGCAUCUUCAUUCGCUUGAAGAAUCGCGAUAAUGAGGAGUAUAAGCUCACACAUCCGGCCGCAUUCUUGGGAGGCUUCCUGCGAGGGAACCUCUCCAUCACUGUUGCAGACACAUGCUACGUCGAAUGCGAGAAGACUGGCCUCAAGACGAUCCUCCACUACCUCGAGGAAGGCUACUUCGGCAAGACCCAGAACAAAGUCGAAGGCGUCAUCUACAAAUCCGACUCCAUCGCCUCAGACAACAUAACCCGCCUAAAAGACGUCCCCACCAAGCAAAUUCUCGGCAGAAUAGAAGGCGUCUGGACCGAGAAAAUCUACUUCACCUCCGGCGCAACAGAAUUCAAAAAGGUUGCCGAAAAGGACCGCGUCCUCGUCAUGGACGUCACGCCCCUCCUCCCCAUCGCUAAGAAAUGCCCGCCACUCGAACAACAGCUCCCCAACGAGUCCCGCCGGUUCUGGAAUGAUGUGACGGAGUUUAUUACGAGUAAGCAAUUCGCACAGGCCACGACACGGAAACAACAGUUGGAAGAGAGGCAACGAGAAAGAGCUGCGGAGAGGGAAAAGGCGGGUGAGAAGUGGCAGCCGAGGUUCUUCACGACUGUUACAGAAUCGAGUGGGAAGGCGGUGUUGAGUGAGGAGGGCAAGAGAGCGAUGGAGGGGCUGCAGAAGGAGGAGUAUGUGCUGAAAGAGCCGGAGAGUUAUGGGGCGCUCUGA